CAAGCACUCAGACAUGGCGGUUGUCGGCGCCGUCACCAGCCUCCUCUUCACUGGCUUCUCCGGCAACCCCAAUCAACCGCACAUCCGCCUCCCCUCCUCCGCUAAAGUCGCCAUGGCAAAGCACAAUAGCUUCGCCACGCGCUGCUCUCCUGAUUAUGUCUUUGAUUAUACCUUUCCUGAUUAUGUCUUUCAUAAGCCCCAAGAUCAUUUCGCCCCCAGAGAGCAUGGUAUCAGACUGGAGACCCUUUCUAAUUCCAAGAUUAAGAACGAAGAAGGUGACUUUUGGCCUGAACACAUUGAUGAUCUCGCUGAUCCCUGCGUAUUUGAGACCAAAUUUACAUCUUCCUUACAACUUCGCAAGCUCGAGCCUAAGCCUAAGCCUAAGCCUAAGCCUGACCUUUUUGUCUGUUUCCGUGAAUCUAAUGAUAGGCGACGUGAAUAUUUCGUUGCAUAUUCUUCCCCCAAAGAAGAUGGCUCCAUCUCACCCAAAUAUUACAUAUAUCCUCCCUCUUUUCUAGCAAAAGAUUAUGAAUUCACUAGGUGUAGCUCGAAUGGCUUACUUCAUUUUUAUGAUCAUCGCAACAAGAGUCAUGUUGUUUGGAACCCGACAACAAGUGAGUAUAAGAUCCUCCCUAGGCCGUUUGUGGAACCUCACCUUAAAUGUUUGGAUGAUGAAUUUGGAAUGUGGUUUGACAACACACUUGAAAAUUACAAAUUGUUGCAUCUUGUAAACACUUGUUUAGUCGAUGAUCAAGGGCUUUUUCAAAACCAGACUUUUCGCAUUGACUUAUACUCACACAAAACUAAUUCCUGGAAGCAAAUACCUACCUCUCAGUUCGAUAUAGAAUAUGCACUCUUGGGGGUUUGCGUGUAUGGGACUUUUUAUUGCAUAACAUCGACUGGUGUUCUCCUUGCGUUCGACUUUUCUACUGAAACUUUUUCCACUUUACCCUUACCUAACAUAUACUGUCACAAAUAUUUGUUUCUAGAGUAUAAAGGGAUGUUAGGUGCUCUUGAAUUCUACACUUGUGAACCUGAUAAAUAUUCUAGACCUUACAACUUUGAACUUUGGGUCAUGAGCGAUGGAUCAUGGACAAGAGAGUCGGUUUUCCAUAUUCGUAGUAUUAGGCAGGCGUUGCUGUUUUCAGAAGAUGGUAGGCUAUUGUAUUUGACAUUCCUUGGUAAGUAUGAGCAGGAGCUAGUGGUGUUUGAUCGCGCCAAUGGAAAGCUGAAGCAUCUUGGCAUCGCUAGCCAUGUCGAUGAUCCAGCGAUGUUUCCAUUUGUUGAGAGCUUUGUUCAACUCAAUGGAAUUUCAUGUACUGAGGAGGGGAACGAAGAAAAUGAUAAAGGCGUGACUAAAGCUGAAGCAUGAGAACCAAUUAAUUCUAGCGUAGCUUGUUAUUUUCAUAUAGAAUUAGUUAUUUCAGCGCAAACUUGGUUUUGAAAAGAUACUUUUAUCUAGUUUUAACAAUUCCUAGUUUAACUAGAGCAACUUUGUUAAUAUGCUUAUAAUAUUUGAAAAUCUGAUCAUAAUUUGUUAUUAGUGUUCACUGAGAAACCACCCAUUUUGUGGAUACUUUUUCUGAUCACAAUAAGGUUUUGUGAGUUUGCACUUGUUGAUAUACCAACCACCACGAGGAGCAUCUGAACAUGAGCUUGGAUAAGGUUUUAUAACAUACCAACCACCACGAGGAGCAUCUG